GGCAGCCAAUCCUAGCACAGGAGCCGAAGUUUAGUUGAAUACGGGUGGAAAGAAACAACGCAGCGACAGUUCCCCGACUUUUUCCUGAUUGUUGAGAUUAUUGCUGUCCAGCCUGAUGGAGUAUGUCCAAGGGACCUGGAAGACCCUGAGUAAUGGGUUUGGAUUCAGAGACUCAGUGUUUGAAGAUUCCUGCAUGCCUCCUGCUAUAACCAAAGGCUUUCCUUAUCGCAGACGCUCAUCAGAUGAUGAGAAAUUCACAAACCCUUCCAAAGCCAACACGAUUCGCGUUUAUCUGCCAAAUCAGCAGCGCACUGUGGUGAAUGUACGCCCAGGCACGACCCUGCAAAGCUGCCUCAUCAAGGCCCUUAAAGUUCGUGGCCUCCAGCCUGAGUGCUGUGCUGUGUUCAGGCUCCAUCCAGAACAGCCUAGAAGAAAAUCUCGUAUGGACUGGAACACUGAUUCUACCUCACUCAUUGGGGAAGAGCUGCUUGUAGAAGUCUUGGAUCACGUACCGCUAACAACGCACAAUUUCGUACGAAAGACAUUUCUGAAGCUGGCCUUCUGUGACAUUUGCCAGAAGUUUCUUUUACAUGGCUUCCGAUGUCAGACGUGUGGAUACAAAUUCCACGAGCAUUGCAGCACCAAAGUCCCCACCAUGUGUGUGGACUGGAGCAACAUCCGACAGCUCCUUUUGUUUCCCACACCUGGAGAAAGUGGAACUCCAUCACUACCACCUCUCUCAUCUCGGAGGAUGCGAGACUCUUUAUCCCGACCUCCUGCCAGUGCUUAUCACAGGCACUCUACACCUCAUGCCUUUCACUACAUUGCGCCCUUGCCACCCUCCAGUGGUUCUCUCUCCCAGAAACAGCGCUCCACGUCCACACCCAACGUCCACAUGGUCAGCAGCAGCCUGCCUGCAGGCGGGGCUUCAUCUGAGGAUGCCUCAAAAAGUCAGGACUCAGGAAGACCUCCUAAUCUCAGUCCCACAGGGUGGGCUCAGACCAAAACUCCAGGCCCUGUUCAUAGAGAAAAGGUUUCAUCGAAUACUCAGGACAAAAACAGAAUAUGGCCCAGGGAGAAGCGAGACUCUUGCUACUACUGGGAGAUUAAUGCCAGUGAGGUGGUUCUGCACUCCUGCAUUGGCUCAGGGUCAUUUGGGACAGUUUACAAAGGGAAAUGGCACGGUGAUGUUGCUGUGAAGAUUUUAAAGGUCACAGAUCCUACACCUGAGCAGUUUCAGGCCUUUCGCAACGAAGUCGCCGUUCUGAGAAAGACUCGGCACGUCAAUAUCUUGCUAUUUAUGGGCUACAUGACCAAAGAUAACCUGGCCAUUGUGACGCAGUGGUGUGAAGGAAGCAGCCUCUAUAAACACCUGCACGUCCAGGACACCAAACUGCAGCUGUUCCAGCUGAUUGAUAUUGCCAGACAGACCGCUCAAGGCAUGGACUAUUUGCAUGCAAAGAACAUAAUCCACCGGGACAUGAAGUCAAACAACAUCUUCCUCCAUGAAGGCUUAACAGUGAAGAUCGGAGACUUUGGUUUGGCCACGGUGAAGACCAGAUGGAGCGGCUCGCAUCAAGUAAAGCAGCCUUCAGGAUCUAUCCUCUGGAUGGCUCCUGAGGUGAUCAGGAUGCAGGACAGUAAUCCCUACAGUUUCCAGUCAGACGUCUACGCCUAUGGUAUUGUGCUUUAUGAGCUGAUGACCGGUGAGCUCCCAUAUUCUAUGGUUGCGAACAGAGACCAGAUCAUCUUCAUGGUAGGAAGAGGUUACUUAUCUCCAGAUCUAAGCAAGCUGUAUAAGAGCUGCCCCAAAGCCAUGAAGAGACUCGUCGCUGACUGCAUUAAGAAAUCGAAAGAUGACAGGCCGCUGUUCCCUCAAAUUCUGGCCUCUAUAGAGUUGCUGCAACACUCGUUGCCCAAAAUCAACCGCAGCGCAUCGGAGCCGUCGCUUCACAGAGCCACUCACACAGACGACAUCAGCAUUUGCACUCUGACCUCCACAAGGCUGCCUGUAUUCUAAUAUGACUAUCUGAUUGUCCAGACUUUCUUUCAGCUAGACCUGGAGCACAUUAAUCACAUCAGUGUAUUUAAAUUAUUUCUCAAAAUGAGGCACAGGAGUAGAAAAAGCACAGCAGAGGCUCUUGCAGUUUGGUUGAAGAUACGACUCCGAAGAAAACUUGCCUUUUACAGCUUUCUUGGUUUUGCUAAGAAUGUAACGGAGUCAUUAUAUUUGACCGUGUUCCUUUCAUAGUAGCCAAAGGUCAGUGGAGUAAAAGACAUGGCCAGAGAGCACUUUUUUUUUUAUUAUUACACUUAAUUUAUUCUGUCUCAUUUGGUGUGAUGAGGUAUACAGCAUAGCGUUGAAUACACUAUUAAUAACCUACCACUGGGUUUUAGCAACGUAACACAUAGUUGGCACAUGUACCAUCAUAAAUAUUGCAUCAACCAAUAACACUAAUGGUGGGAUUUAAGACCUUACAUGCAUGAACUGUGUUGUGUUCACCGACAUAAUAUACGUUCACGGCGUGAAAUGCAUCAAUCAGAAAUAUUGGACCAGAUCCAUGUUCAGUGGGCUCCUUUUACAAAUCCGGUGAUCUGUCCUUUCUUAUUCUAAAUGAUCUUAUCCAUUCAUUCUGCCAAUUUUAUGGGGGUUUAAAAGCUGAGAAGUGAGGUUUUGGUUGUUUGCAGGAGCUGAAUUCUUGAUAAGACUCGUAACCGCACAGUUUGAUAUUUUAAUGGCAAAAGCUUAACCCACAAAAAUUCCAGACGAUCCUGAACGUGUGAUGGGACUUUCCAAAUCAUACUCCUUUUUAAUUUCACCAACUAACUAAAAUUGUAUAUUUCUUACAAAAGUGCCAACUCUCCCAGUGGCUUUUAUCAUUUGAAGGUAUAGACUGAUUGUUCUCAGAUGUGUACUUAGAGAUUUAAAGGAUAAACUUGAUCAAGUAUAAGGUAAUUUCGCAUUUUAAUUUUUUCUUUCCAGGGUUGUAUAUAAUUUGAGAAUCAAAAAUGAGAGCAUAUUGAGGAUUAUUCUUGAGAUUAUAAGGCACUUUCUCCUGUUUUGACCUGGUAUUCUUUAGCGAGGUCCAAUUUGUGCACUUGAAAGACUGUUUGUUUAUGCUUUGUAUUUUAAUAAAGGUAAGUUAAACACACA